UUUCUGACGUCAUAGAAGGGCGUUACCUCCAAGCAAAAUGGCAGCCAAAGCACCAGACUAUCAACCAGUGAAGAGGAGUGAACACUCCACUGUACAGGUAGGAGACUACCUGUACAUGUGGGGUGGGUACCAGACUGGUCUCCCUGCAGUACAUAAUAAUGAAAAGAAGAAAUCAAUGUGUUCUGUGAUGGAGGUGUGUCACCUAAGGACUGGUAGGUGGGAGCAGAAACCCACCACUGGUAACCCUCCACUGGGUGUGAUUGGCUAUGCAGCUGCUGCCAUUGGAAGGGAAAUAUUUUAUUUCGGAGGCUAUAUGGACUCUUCUCAUAAUAGUUUAUACAGUUUUAAUGUUGAUACCUUCAAUUGGAAGGAACUCUCUCCUACUACAUCUCAUCAUGGUCCUAUGAUGAAGCACCACUGUGACAUGAUAGCAAUAAAAGUGAACGGUGAGGACUAUCUUGUAGUAAUUGGAGGACAGGGAUUAUCUUCUAAUAAUACACCCAAACAACCUGGUGCCCAGUACAGUAAGAUUAAAGGAUUCGCUUCUGGUUAUCAACGAUGCAAUGAGAUCCAUUUCUAUAAACUCUCAACAGGACAAUGGAUAUCACCGACUGUCACUGGAGACAGACCACCUCCUAUUGAUGAAUUCACUUUAACAUCAAUUAAUAAUUCCAGUGCUAUAUUAUUUGGAGGUGACACUGCUAAUGGAGCCAGUAACGAUGUAUAUAUUCUUAAUUUUACUGAUACAUCAGUGAAUUGUUCAAAGUUAUCUAAUCCUAGAGGAUCAGUACAAUGGCCUAAGGAAAGAAGUGCUCAUUCCAGUGUAUUGAUUAACACUAGCUCAGGACCACACCUACUAGUGGUGGGUGGAGAUGGUACUUAUGAUAUUUGGAUAUUUGAUAUUAACAAUAAAUCAUGGAAGGAACUGGUAAGUAUAUUAUAAU